AUCGGCUCAUACAUGGGUCACACGUUGAAGCAAUAAUAAGUGUAUUUAGUGAAAAUGUAAAAACGCGUUGAGGGUACCCUAGCAUAAAUAGUAUAAAUGUGGACCCCCGCAUGUCGGACUAAUUCAUCACAGUGUCGUACUUCAAGUGUUCUGGCGGCACCACGAGCUUCCGCACGUGCCAGAACAAGUUAACCUGAAUGAAAAUAUGUUCUCGCCCAGAGACUCGGUUAAAUCGGAUUAUAUUAGUUUAAAUAUUCACGACAGCGCGUCGUUUGCACGGGGCACCUCGCGCAGUCUGUGGAGGCAAUGGAAUCAGUUGUCCAGGUUUCAGAGAAACAUUCUAUACUUUACAAUUAUCACGGUUCUACUUCUAUUAUUUUAUCUUUUGCCUAGCGAAACCAAAGGUGGUACCUCUGACAAUGAGGUGGACUACAGUAAUGUAGAAAUUAUACAAGAGACUGCCAAGUACGAGAAGGCAGUUGAUGAAGUUGUUGUAGAUAAUGAAGAACAGGGUGCUGGACCCGGUGAGGUCAUUGAGGAACCUGAGUUCCAGCCAGAAAUCAAUCAGGUUGAUGAUGAUCAAAUCGGUGAACCACCACAGCCAAAACCAAACAUUCUCAAAUUUAAUGGAUUUUUAGGCCCACAGAAUGGUAAGCAGCAGGCUGUUGUGGCAGCAUUUAAACAUUCAUGGGAUGGAUACAAGAAAUAUGCCUGGGGUCAUGACAAUGUAAAACCAAUGACUAAGAGGUACCAUGAGUGGUUUGGCUUAGGUCUCACAAUAGUUGAUUCAUUGGAUACUAUGUAUCUAAUGGGGCUAAAUGAUGAGUUUACAAGAGCAAGGAAAUGGGUGGAGGAUAGUUUAGUGUUCACAAUGAACAGGGAUGUUAAUUUAUUUGAAGUUACAAUUAGAGUAUUAGGUGGUUUAUUGGCGGCGUAUCAUCUCUCCGGUGAUAUACUGUUUCUAAAUAAAGCUAUGGAUUUAGGUGAUCGCAUGAUGCCAGCAUUUUCCACAAGAUCGGGUGUUCCAUAUUCCGACGUGAAUCUUGGCACCAGAAGCGCACACAGUCCCAAAUGGGGUCCUGACAGUAGCACGAGCGAAGUUACUUCGAUUCAGUUGGAAUUUCGUGAUCUCAGUCGUAGCACAGGGCAACCUAAAUUCGAGGCUGCAGCCGCAAAAGUUUCCGACCAUGUACAUAAAUUAGAAAAAUACGACGGCUUAGUUCCAAUUUUCAUUAACGCGAAUACCGGACUGUUUCGAGAAUACGCGACGAUUACGUUGGGAGCUCGCGGCGACAGCUAUUACGAAUACUUAUUGAAACAAUGGUUGCAAACUGGGAAAACCAUAGACUACCUACGCGACGAUUAUUUGUUAGGUAUUUCCGGAACACAGAAGCAUCUCGUGAAACACACCGCAGUUAACAAAUAUCUGUUUAUCUCCGAGCUAGUCGGCGCUAAUAAAGAGAUAAGGCCGAAAAUGGACCAUCUCACGUGCUACCUAGGAGGUACUUUAGCGUUAGGCGCGCAUCAUGGACUGCCAGCGGAGCAUAAUAUUCUCGCGGAAGAGAUAGUUAAGACUUGCUAUCAAACGUACGCGACUCAACCAACGUUCCUUGCACCUGAGAUCACUUAUUUUAAUAUACAAAAAGUGGAAGGUGAAAAUCAAAUGGACAUGUACGUAAAGACAAAUGACGCUCACAAUCUACUGAGGCCCGAGUUCAUUGAAAGUCUAUUUUAUAUGUGGUACUUUACGGGGAAUAGGACGUAUCAGGAUUGGGGUUGGCGAAUAUUUCAGGCCUUCGAGAAUUACACCAAAGUCGAGGACGGCUACACGAGUAUUAGUAAUGUACGGAAUGUCCACAACAUUCGCCAGCAGGAUAUGACGGAGAGUUUUUGGUUCGCUGAGACCUUAAAAUAUCUGUACUUGUUGUUUGACGAUUCUAGACAAUUGAUCGAUUUGGAUAGGUGGGUAUUCAAUUCAGAGGGUCAUCCGUUACCAAUAUACGAGUCGUAACACAGUAAAGGCAAAAGACACGUGCAUGUGUAUUUAUUAAAUGACUUUAUUGCACUUAUUCUCCAUGAGAUCAUUUCUUAAACGCUCGAUCGGUCGUGAUGUUUUCACGUGACGAAAACCAGGCGGAGAAGGGUUUCCUUCCGUUACGGUCGAGAUUCCUCUUUUACAAAAAUUAAUAGAUCAGCGUUGUGCGUAUCACACGGUGGGAAUACAAGAGAGAUCACGUGAUGAUUUGACUCCACGCGUUGAACUAGAAUCUUCCUCGGGGCAUUCCUCAAUAUACUCAAUUUAUGAGAGCACGAUACAUCCGCACUCUGUAAGGUUUUUUCCGAUUACACUAUUACGUAAUUAUUACGCUACAAGAGAACACGCAAGUGUAUUCUUCCCUUAGUUGAUCGCUAGAGGCGAUCGAGGCGAAUGCGUACCAUUAACUACGCGCCUACCAAAUGCCUAAGCCUAAUGAAUCAAUGAUAGACGCUAAUAGCACUCUAGACACUAAAUUGUGAAGGAAAUUUAUAGACAUAUACCGUUGAUUUUUACUUAUCGAUAACAAUGUUAGACGGGAUAUCUAAGCACAUAUUGUACUUACCAAUGUUUUUAUCGAAACCACGAGCUUCUGUUCGCGCGCAACGUAAUUCUUACAAGACACAUAUUUUGCGAUAGAUUUUCAAGGGACAUUAUUGUUUAGCGUCAACUCUUCCGCAUGAAAUCCGUAUGUCGUAUUUACUACAAAAAUAAUCUAGUCUGCAUCUAUUAAUAAAUUACACUGUGUACUUGCAAUCUUCAACUGUUACAUGUAUAAAUAUUUAUAUGAUGAUCAUGAAGAGAUGCCCAUAUAAAUGUUUAUAUGAGAUAUAUCGGGAAACGUUUAUAUAAACGGCUCCCGGUCGCCAUCGGGAAGGCACGGCGGUGAUUAAAUCGACGAACUCGGAUGGAAUGUGUGCAGAAAGUACUGCGGAUACUGAGACAUCUCGAAAUUCAGUCAUAUUCUGUAAAAACUGCAGAAGCUAGCUUUGACGAUCUUGUUAUUCGCAUCUAAUGAAAUCGUGCGAGUGAGAAGAAGAAAAGCGAGAUACGGGAUGCAUUGUCGAUCGUGGAAGCGGUUGAAUGAAAUAAACGUACACGGGCAUUACAAAAUAAAAUCCGAUUUAAUCAUCAGCUGCGCUAUUAUCAAAAUACGCUAUUCCUAGUUACUGACGCAUUAAGAAGUGAUUGUUCUCGGGUUACUCCUCGUUUGUAAUAAAUGCAUCCUUAUACGAACAACGAGAA